CCCCCAGACGAUGACCACUGCAGUCUGGACAGCGUCAGCGUGUCCAUGGACUCCGAGGAUGAGCCACCCGAGCCAGAACCUAUUGAGCCCACCGAGCUAAAUGAGCAAAUUGAGCCUGAUUUGGAUGCAAGUGAUGACGAGACUAAGAAGUCAAAGUCAACGAGCACGAUAAGCAGCGAGCGAACUGAGCCCAUACCGGAAUAUUCGGCGGCCGAGGAGCGAAACGACCAGCGUUCGUGGCUCACUGUGGCCAAUGGGGGAGUCAACCACACUUGUGAUAUGAAGGUGAUCGAGCCGUUCAAGCGCGUGCUGUCGCACGGGGGCUACGACGCGAGUGGCGCGGCGCUGAUCGUGCUGCGCGCCUGCUUCCUGCCCGACUCGGGCCGGCCGGACUACCGCUACGUCAUGGACAACCUGUUUCUGUACCUGAUAUGGUCUCUGGAACGACUGGUGACAGAAGAAUACGUACUUAUAGUGCUUCACGGCCGCUGCAGCUUGCCGCCGCCGCGAUACCUGCACAGGUGCUACCUGCUCGUUGAUAGACGAUUAAGAAAAAGUCUAAAACACCUGUACCUGGUCCAUCCGACAUUCUGGAUAAGAUCUGUCGUCUUUCUGUUCAAGCCAUUUGUAAGGUAAAUAUAGUAGAUAGUG